AUGUCCCCGUUCCCCCUUACCUCCAUGGACAAGGCCUUCAUCACUGUGCUGGAGAUGACCGCUGUCCUGGGGACUGAGAUCAUCAACUACAGAGGUGAGGAGGGGCAUGCACACACACUCACAAACACACACAAACACACACACACACACACACACACACACACAUCAGCGAUACACUCUAAGAAAAAAAGGUGCUAUCUAGAACCUUAAAUGGUUAUUUGGCUGUCCCCAUAGGAGAACCCUUUGAAUAAACCUUUUUGGUUCCAAAUAGAACCCUUUUGGUUCCAGGGAGAACCCUUUUGGUUCCAGGUAGAACCCUUUUGGUUUCCAUGUAAAACCCUUUCCACAGAGGAUUCUGCAUGGAACCCAAAAGAGAUCUACCUGGAACCCAAAAGGGAUCUCCACUGGGGACAGCCGAAGAACCAUUUUGGAACCCUUUUUUCUACGAGUGUAGAGGUGAACACACACACAUACUGUAGACACACACUGUACACACUGUACACACUGUGUACACACACACACGCACACACACUGUACACACACACACACUGUACACACACACACACAUACACUGUACACACACACACACACACACACACACUGUACACACACACACACUGUACACACACACAUACACUGUACACACACUCACACACACACACACUGUACACACACACACACUGUACACACACACACACUGUACACACACACACACACACACACUGUACACACACACACACACUGUACACACUGUACACACGCACGCACACACACUGUACACACGCACGCACACACACUGUACACACACACACACACACUGUACACACACACACACACACACUGUACACACACACACUGUACACACUGUACACACACACUGUACACACUGUACACACACAUCAUGUACACACACAACUACAGAGGUGAGGUCAACUAUAUACAGUAACACACAUACGUCACACAUGCAUAUACUAUAGUCUGUAUUGUACUGGUCAGACUGAGGCAGAUUACUGUUUAUAUCACCUUACUGAACACAUCAACUAUAGAUAUACUAUAGUCUGUAUUGUACUGGUCAGACUGCAGCAGAUUGCUGUUUAUAUCAAAUCAAAUUGUAUUUGUCACAUGCGCCGAAUACAACAGGUGUAGACCUUACCGUGAAAUGCUUACUUACAAGUCCUUAACCAACAAUGCAGUUCAAGAAAUGGAGUUAAGAAAAUAUUUGCUAAAUAAACUAAAGUAAAACAUAAAAUAAAAAGUAACUUGACUUGUUCCACAUUUUGUUACGUUACAGCCUUAUUCUAAAAUAUCUUAAAUAUUUUUUUUCACUCAUCAAUCUACACACAAUACCCCAUUAUGACAAAGCGAAAACAGCUUUUUAUAAAUUUUUGCAAAUUGUAUUCAGAGCCUUUAGUAUGAGACUCAACAUUGAGCUCAGGUGCAUCCUGUUCCAUUGAUGAUCCUUGAGAUGUUUCUGCAACUUGAUUGGAGUCUACCUGUGGUGAAUUCAAUUGAUUGGACAUAAUUUGGAAAGGCACACACCUGUCUAUAUGAGUUCCCACAGUUGACAGUGCAUGUCAGAGCAAAAACCAAGCCAUGAGGUCGAAGGAAUUGUCAAUAGAGCGCCGAGACAGGAUUGUGUCGAGGCACAGAUCUGGGGAAGGGUACCAAAAAUUGUCUGCAGCAUUGAAGGUCCCCAAGAACAUAGUGGCCUCCAUCAUUCUUACAUGGAAUAAGUUUGGAACCACCAAGACUCUUCCUAGAAUUGGCUGCCCGGCCAAACUGAGCAAUCGGGGGAGAAGGGCCUUGGUCAGGGAGGUGACCAAGAACCCGAUGGUCACUCUGACAGAGCUCAAGAGUUCCUCUUUGGAGAUGGGAGAACCUUCUAGAAGGACAACCAUCUCUGCAGCACUCCACAAAUCAGGCCUUUAUGGUAGAGUGGACAGACGGACGCCAUUUCUCAGUAAAAGGCAAAUGACAGCCCGCUUGGAGUUUGCCAAAAGGCACCUUAAGACUCUCAGACCAUGAGAAACAAGAUUCUCUGGUCUGAUGAAACCAAGAUUGAACUCUUUGGCCUGAAUACAGUGAAGCAUGGUGGUGGCAGCAUCAUGCUGUGGGAUGUUUUUCAGUGGCAGGGACUGGGAGACUAGUCAGGAUCGAGGCAAAGAUGAACGGAGAAAAGUACAGGGAGAUCCUUGAUGAAAACCUGCUCCAGACCGCUCAGGACCUCAGACUGGGGUGAAGGUUCACCUUCCAACAGGACAAUGACCCUAAUGCACACAGCCAAGACAACGCAGAAGUGGCUUCAGGACAAGUCUCUGAAUGUCCUUGAGUGGCCCAGCCAGAGCCCGGACUUGAACCCGAUCUAACAUCUAUGGAGAGACCUGAAAACAGCUGUGCAGCGACGCUCCCCAUCCAACCUGACAGAGCUUGAGAGGAUUUGCAGUGAAGAAUGGGGAAAACUCCCCAAAUACAGGUGUGCCAAGCUUGUAGAGUCAUACCCAAGAAGACUCUAGGCUGUAAUCGCUGCCAAAUGUGCUUCAAGAAAGUACUGAGUAAAGGGUUUGAAUACUAUAAUGUGAUAUUUCAUUUUUUUGAAAAGCUGUUUUUGAUUUGUCAUUAUGGGGUAUUGUGUGUAGAUUGAUGAGGGAAGUGACUAUGCAUAGAUAAUAAACAGCAAGUAGCAGCAGUGUAAAAACAAAGGGGGGGGGGGUUCAAUGUAAAUUGUCCUGGUGGCCAUUUGAUUAAUUGUUCAGCAGUCUUAUGGCUUGGGGGUAGAAGCUGUUAAGGAGCCUUUUCGACCUAGACUUGGCGCUCCGGUACCGCAUGCCGUGCGGUCUUAUUUAUUUUGGGCCUUCCUCUGACACUGCCUGGUAUAUACAGUACCAGUCAAAAGUUUGGACACACCUAUUCAUUCAAGGGUUUUCUUUAUUUUUACUAUUUUCUACAUUGUAGAAUAAUAGUGAAGACAUCAAAACUAUGAGUUAACACAUAUGGAAUCAUGUAGUAACCAAAAAAGUGUUAAACAAAUCAUAAUAUAUUUUAUAUUUGAGAUUCUUCAAAGUAGCCACCCUUUGCCUUGGUGACAGCUUUGCACACUCUUGGUCUUCUCUCAACCAGCUUCACCUGGAAUGCUUUUCCAACAGCCUUGAAGGAGUUCCCACAUAUGAUGAGCACUUGUUAGCUGCUUUUCCUUCACUCUGAGGUCCAACUCACCCCAAAGCAUCUCAAUUGGUUGAGGUCGGGUGAUUGUGGAGGCCAGGUCAUCUGAGGCAGCACUCCAUCACUCUCCUUCUUGGUCAAAUAGCCAUUACACAGCCUGGAGGUGUGUUUUGGGUCAUUGUCCUGUUAAAAAACAAAUGAUAGUCCCACUAAGUGCAAACCAGAUGGGAUGGCAUAUCGCUGCAGAAUGCUGAGGUAGCCAUUUUGGUUAAGUGUGCCUUGAAUUCUAAAUAAAUCACAUACAGUGUCACCAGCAAAGCACCCCCACACCAUCACACCUUAUCCUCCAUGCUUCACGGUGGGAACCACACAUGCAGUGAUCAUCCGUUCACCUACUCUGCGUCUCACAAAGACACGGCGGUUUGAACCCAAAAUCUCAAAUUUGGACUCAUCAUACCAAAGGACAGAUUUCCACCGGUCUAAUGUCCAUUGCUCAUGUUUCUUGGCCCAAGCAAGUCUCUUCUUCAUAUUGGUUUCCUUUAGUAGUUGUUUCUUUGCAGCCAUUCGACCAUGAAGGCCUGAUUCACACAGUCUCCUCUGAACAGUUGAUGUUGAGAUGUGUCCGUUACUUAAACUCUGUGGAGCAUUUAUUUGGGCUGCAAUCUGAGGCUGGUAACACUAAUGAACUUAUCCUCUGCAGCAGAGGUAACUCUGGGUCUUCCAUUCCUGUGGUGGUCCUCAUGAAAGCCAGUUUCAUCAUAGCGCUUGAUGUUUUUUGCUACUGCACUUGAAGAAACGUUCAAAGUUCUUGAAAUGUUCUGCAUUGAAUGACCUUCAUGUCAUAAAGUAAUGAUGGACUGUCGUUCCUCUUUGCUUAUUUGAGCUGUUCUUGCCGUAAUAUGGACUUGGUGUUUUACCAAAUAGGGCUAUAUUCUGUAUACCAACCCUACCUUGUCACAACACAACUGUUUGGCUCAAACGCAUUAAGAAGGCAAGAAAUUCCACAAACUAACUUUUAAGAAGGCACACCUGUUAAUUGAAAUGCAUUCCAGGUGACUACCUCAUGAAGCUGGUUGAGAGCAUGCCAAGAGUGUGCAAUGCUGUCAUCAAGGCAAAGGGUGGCUACUUUGAAGAAUAUAAAAUAUAUUUUGAUUAGUUUAAAACUUUUACAUCAUUUAGCAGACGCUCUUAUCCAGAGCAAUUUACAGUUAGUGAGUGCAUACAUUUUCAUACUGGCCCCCAGUGGGAAUCGAACCCACAACCCUGGCGUUGCAAACGCCAUGCUCUACCAACUGAGCUACAUGGGGGGGGCCAUGAUUCCAUAUGUGUUAUUUCAUAGUUUUGAUGUCUUCACUAUUAUUCUACAAUGUAGAAAAUAGUAAAAAUAAAGAAAAACCCUUGAAUGAGUAGGUGUCCAAACUUUUGACUGGUAAUGUAGGUCCUGGAUGGCAGGAAGCUUGGCCCCAGUGAUAUAUUGGGCCGUACGCACUACCCUCUGUAGCGCCUUACGGUCGGAUACCAGGCGGUGAAGCAACCGGUCAGGAUGCUCUCGAUGGUGCAGUUGUAUAACUUUUUGAGGAUCUGGGGACCCAUGCCAAAUCUUUUCAGUCUCCUGAGGGGGAAAAGGUGUUAUCGUGCCCUCUUCACGACUGUCUUGGUGUGUUUGGACCAUGAUAGUUUGUUGGUGAUGUGGACACCAAGGAACUUAAAACUCUUGACCCGCUCUACUACAGCCCUGUCGAUGUUAAUGGGGGCCUGUUCGGCCGUCCUUUUCCUGUACUCCACGAUAAUCUCCUUUGUCUUGCUCACAUUGAGGGAGAGGUUGUUGUCCUGGCACCACACUGCCAGUUCUCUGACAUCCUCCCUAUAGGCUAUGUUAUCGGUGAUCAGGCCUACCACUGUUGUGUCGUCAGCAAACUUAAUGAUGGUGUUGGAGUCGUGCUUGGCCACGCAGUCGUGGGUGAACAGAGAAUACAGAAGGGGACUUAGCACGCACCCCUGAGGGGCCCCGGUGUUGAGGAUCAGCGUUGCAGAUGUGUUGUUGCCUACACUAACUACCUGGUGGCGGCCAGUCAGGAAGUCUAGGAUCCAGUUGCAGAAGGAGGUAUUCAGGCCCAGGGUCCUUAGCUUAGUGAUGAGCUUUGUGGGCACUAUGGUGUUGAACGCUGAGCUGUAGUCAAUGAACAGCAUUCUCACAUAGGUGUUCCUUACUGAACACAUCAACUAUAGAUGUGUGAGAGACAAAGAGAGGAAGUGUGUAUGUGUUUCAAUAGGAUGUCAGUAGCACCUGGUCAGGCUCAACCACCACACUGACAAUAUGAACUACACAUGACAGGGUUUAAACUGUCACUGUGCCAGAGUCACUCACCUCACUGACUCUGGCUCUGUCUGCAGGCUUGGAUGUCUUACACACGCCCUGAAUAUCGAGUUAGAGUGCACCCACACACACACACAUGUUCACGCGCGCACACACACACAUACAUUCAGAGGAGUUCAAAGAAGCACCCACACACACACACAUUCAGAUUCCAAGCGCGCACACACACACACACACACACACACACACUGGUGCUGGAGCAUGACUGUCCCCCUAGCUCUUCCUUGGCACUAGCCUCAGGGCCAUAGUCAGAGGAUCUUAAGGCCAUAGUCUCCCCCCUGGCUGUGUCACAUCAUUCUGGUGGUGGAUACACAGUUUGGACAGGGCCAGGGGGCAGGGCUUGGACAGGCCAGGGGGCAGGGCUUGAUUGAGCUCUGUCUCAGUCAUAAAUAUUAGAACAGCCAUGGUGGUGUCUCUGUCUCUGUCUGUCUGUCUGUCUGUCUGUCUGUCUGUCUGUCUCUCUCUCUCUCUCUCUCUCUCUCUCUCUCUCUCUCUCUCUCUCUCUCCUCUAUUUUUCCCCUCUAUUUUUCCCCUGUAUAGCGAUGUUUCAUUUUGUUUUGAGACAGAGAUGUUGGAUUAAAUAUUUAGACAGGAAACAGAUGGAACAGCUCCCCUGCUGUUGGGGAGAGGGGUUUGUGUCGGGGUAGGGGAGGUUGUGUGUGUGUGUGUGUGUGUGUGUGUGUAAAUCACACUCUCUCACACACUCACACACACAUACACUCACACACUAUUUAUAGGCUAUUAGCAGUUUAUGGUAUUUUAGUGCAGCGCUUUCUUCUUCCACCCACUCUCUCUUUCUCUUUCUGUGUCUUUCGCUCUCUCAAUCAUUCUCUCUUCAUUCUAUUGUUCUCCCUGCAGUCUAAUCUGCAGUCUAAUCUGGAGUAUAAUCUUCAUUCUAAUCUGCAGUUUAAUCUGCAGUCUACUCUGCAGUCUACUCUGCAGUCUAAUCUCCAAUCUAAUCUACAGUCUAAUCUUCAAUUUAAUCUUCAAUCUAAUCUGCAGACUCAUCUGCAGUCUAAUCUUCAGUCUAAUCUUCAAUGUAAUCUUCAGUCUAAUCUGUAGUCGAACCUUCAGUCGAAUCUUCAGUCUAAUCUUCAGUCUCAUCUACAGCCUCAUCUAGUCUCAUCUGCAGUCUCAUCUGCAGUCUAAUCAUCAGUCUAAUCGUCAGUCUAAUCUGCAGUCUAAUCUUCAAUCUAAUCUGUAGUCUAAUAUGCAGUCUCAUCUUCAGUCUCAUCUUCAGUCUCAUCUGCAGUCUCAUCUGCAGUCUCAUCUUCAGUCUAAUCUGCAGUCUAAUCUGCAGUCUAAUCUGCAGUCUAAUCUUCAAUCUAAUCUGCAGUCUAAUCUUCAUUCUAAUCUGCAGUCUAAUCUUCAUUCUAAUCUGCAGUCUAAUCUUCAAUCCGAUCUGCAGUGUAAUCUGCAGUCUAAUCUUCUGUGUAAUCUGCAGUUUAAUCUUCAAUUUAAUUUGCAGUUUUUAAUGAUUCUUAUACAGAUACAUAUAUUUUCAACAUUUCUACUUUUAGAUUGUUACAUGUGGGGAAUUGUGCGCAAGGGACAAGAGGUGUGUGUGUGCAUGUGUGUGUGCAUGUGUGUGUGUCCUGUUCUGGUCAGGUGGUGAGUCACAGAGAUAUUGAUGAGAGGUGUCACACUCUCUCACUAACACACACACCUCCGGCACAUGUCUCUCCGUAUCUUCAUCUGAAUUAGAUGCUCCCUCUCCCUCUCCCUCUCCCUCUCCCUCUCCCUCUCCCUCUCUCUCUCUACCUUUCUUUCUCCCUCCCUCAUUCUCUCUCCAUAUCUCUCCCUUCCUUCCUACCUCUCUCUCUAUCUCUGCCUCUGCUCCCGCUCUCUCUCUCUCUCUCUCUCUCUCUCUCUCUCUCUCUCUCUCUCUCUCUCUCUCUCUCUCUAGAUGGGAUGGGUCGAGUCCUGGCUCAGGAGGUUUAUGCCAAAGACAACCUGCCUCCUUUCCCUGCCUCUGUUAAGGAUGGUUAUGCUGUAAGAGGUCUGUACUGUGAUGCACUGUAGCCUACACACACACACACAAUGUACACACACACACAUUGUACUCAAUCUCAGGUCAUAUUGGCCCCCGUGUAGCUCAGUUGGUAGAGCAUGGCGCUUGCAACGCCAGGGUUGUGGGUUCGAUUCUCACGGGGGGCCAGUAUAAAAAAUAAAAUAAUGUAUGCACUCACUAACUGUAAGUUGCUCUGGAUAGGAGCGUCUGCUAAAUGACUAAAAUGUAAGUACUGUACUGCUGAUAUGUCCUUUCUGUUCUGAGUCAGGAGGCACUGAAACACACAGGCAGCUAAAUGACACACACACACAGCAGCAUAAUCAGACAAACUCAUGUCAUUACAUUAAAACAUGUCUUCCUUUUUAGCGGCUGAUGGCCCAGGCGACCGCUUCAUCAUCGGAGAGUCCCAGGCUGGAGAACAGGUCCCCCCACCACCCCCCCCCCCCCCCCCCCCCCCCCCACACACACACACACACACACACAUACACAAACACACUGUCUAUACAGGUGCAGCAACUGGCUUCCCUCACAUUCCCCCCUGGACAGACGUUGUAUAUUGAAGUGAGACUGUGCACAUUCCCCCCUGGACAGACGUUGUAUAUUGAAGUGAGACUGUGCACAUUCCCCCCUGGACAAACGUUGUAUAUUGAAGUGAGACUGUGUCAGACCGACAGAUGUUGGUGUGUGUUUGUUUGUUAGGAACACACCCCUUUAGCGUAGCGAUACCAUACUGACUCAGCUUACUGAAUUACCCAGCAGCCUACUCCAACGCAGGUGGACCGCCAACCCAAGCUUAUUAUACACAGUACCACACACACUGACGCAUGACACAGUAUCAUACACAUACACACACACACACUGACACAUGACACAGUAUCACACACACACACACACUGACACAUGACACAGUAUCACACACACACACUGACGCAUGACACAGUAUCAUACACAUACACACACACACACUGACACAUGACACAGUAUCACACACACACACACACUGACACAUGACACAGUAUCACACACACACACACUGACGCAUGACACAGUAUCAUACACAUACACACACACACACUGACACAUGACACAGUAUCACACACACUGACACAUGACACAGUAUCACACACACACACACACUGACACAUGACACAGUAUCACACACACACACUGACGCAUGACACAGUAUCAUACACAUACACACACACACACUGACACAUGACACAGUAUCAUACACAUACCCACACACACACACUGACACAUGACACAGUAUCAUACACACACAUACACACACACACACACACACACACACACACACACUGACACAUUAAUACACCUGUUGUAUGUAUGAUGAGAUGUGUUGUUGUGCCGUUGCUAAGUGUUUGCCUUGCUGUGAUUGUUUGGUUGGUUUGAUGUCUUGGCCAACGUGAUAAACAUUCCAACGUUUUCUGAUUCUAAGAGCGCCUAGGGAUCGCUUUCUUUGAAAAUGGGGUCGCGAGAGAAAUAAAUACAAAUCCGUCAGUAACCCCCCGGUAGCCUCUAGAUGCGUUUGUAAGAAAGAGAGCGCUUUCUGUUUUCUUCCUACAAAUGUGGCUUUAUCUUCUGAAUGGUUUAAGCUACAAAAUAUUAGGAUCCCGUCACUGAAAGAUAAGAACAAGUAUGUGUCUUCUGUUUCCUUCUACAAUGCCCUCACGCCACGCAGGCCUCCUGUAGCUCAGUUGGUAGAGCAUGGCGCUUGCAACGCCAGGGUUGUGGGUUCGAUUCCCACGGGGGGCCAGUAUGAAAAAUGUAUGCACUCACUAACUGUAAGUCGCUCUGGAUAAGAGCGUCUGCUAAAUGACUCAAAUUUAAAUGUAAUUAGAACAGAAUGGAUAAGACCAGACUCUAAAUCAGCCUGGGGGAAAAACAUCAUCAUCGAUGAUAUUCCUUUCUAUACAGAAGAUCAUACGAAAUUAUUGCCUGAUGAUCUUCUGAACAUCCCAAUACCUUUCUGAUGGAUUUCAGUCAAUUCAAACCAUAUUUCCUUCAGAUUGUAAAAAACUGUAAAAAAGUAAACAUUAGCCUUUGAUUACAUCACUUUGUCUAUGUAAUCAAACCCCUUUUUGAUAUUAAAAUGUGGUUACGGGCUAAAAAGGCUUGGGAACCCCUGGCCUAGAGGGACAUUCCACAGAUACAUUUGCAGUGUGUGUGUACGUGUGAGUUUGUGUCUGUACAUUUGCAUGUAUGUGUGCGUAUUUGACACCAGUCUCUCUCUUUCUCUCUCUCUCUCUGCAGCCCACCCACACAGUGAUGCCGGGCCAGGUGAUGAGGGUGACGACGGGGGCUCCUAUCCCCUGUGGGGCAGACGCUGUGGUGCAGGUGGAGGACACAGAGCUGCUCCGCGAGUCUGAGGACGUAAGUCUCACCUUUGACCCCUGACCCUUAGCCAUAUGGAGAGGGACUUAAGAGGAUCUAUAGAGGUACGGUGUAAUAAUAACACAGAUAUAUUCAGGAGGGAUAAGUAAGUCAAGUAAGGAAGUAAGCCUUGUCCGAGCCAGAAUGGCCCAUAGGGAAGCAAUAGUGCAAUAGGACCUAACUACUGCUGCUUCUACCAAGGGAGAUAGGGCCUAGUUCCAGGGUAUAGGGUCAAGUUCAUGGGGUCCUGGGACUUUGCAGUGUGGCCAGGCAGGGCUGGUGGGAGGAUGUGUUGAAUGGAAAAGUAGUGAAGGUGAUAACAGUAGUGAAGGUGAUAACAGUAGUGAAGGUGAUAACAGUAGUGAAGGUGUUAACAGUAGUGAAGGUGAUAACAGUAGGGAAGGUGAUUACAGUAGGGGAAAUGAUUACGGUAGGGAAGGUGAUUACAGUAGUGAAGGUGAUAACAGUAGUGAAGGUGAUAACAGUAGGGAAGGUGAUUACAGUAGGGGAAAUGAUUACGGUAGGGAAAGUGAUUACAGUAGGGAAGGUGAUAACAGUAGUGAAGGUGAUUUUGUGUGAUAGCUCCUUACAGGUAUGUUGGUUUGUCCUUCUCAGGGCACAGAGGAGCUGGAGGUGCGGAUCCUCGUACAGGCCCGUCCCGGACAAGACAUCCGGUGUGUGUGUGUGUGUGUGUGCGUGCGUGCGUGCUAGCCUGCUUCCAUGUGUUUGUGUGUGUGCGUGUAAUAGUGCGUGAAAGUGUGUUUCGAUGUUCCUCUGAAUACAUACCCCCCCUCUUUAACCUUCCUGUUAAACGUCCUUGUCUCCCCUCCCCUCCAGGCCCAUAGGUCAUGACAUCAAGCGUGGGGAGUGUGUCCUAUCUAAGGGAACCCACAUGGGCCCCUCUGAGAUCGGCCUGCUGGCCACCGUAGGAGUCACUGAGGUGGAGGUGCAGAAGUUCCCCGUGGUGGCUGUCAUGUCCACAGGCAACGAGGUGAGACAGAGAGUUCCAAACCUCUCAGCUAAUAACAGCUAGUUUAUAGGUUUUAUAUCCCAUUAAGCCCCUCCACUCUGGUGGAUUGAUCCGGGCACCACAAUCCUAACUGUGGAUAAUGCAACGCUCUGGUGCCCUUCCCCGCUCCACUCAGACUACUCCCAGACAGGUCUAUCUAAAUUCUUGCUUGAGAAAGUUUUCUGUUAAAAAUAUUUUUUUGUUUCUUUUUGACCAUUUUAAUAGCAAGCUAUUACAGUAAGUUACUUAAUUGUUAUCCAGAAAUUAGAUUUUUUUUUAAACAGCUGCACUGGGCCUUUAAAACAUUUAGCAACAGAAAAUGAAAAUGAGUGUUUCUUAUUGGACAAAUCCAGGUAGUCCCUCCCUGUUUCAGGCUGUUUUCUUCUGUUUGGUGCCUAACGAACACAUCCCCUGCUGUCUCUAGCUGUUAAACCCUGAGGACGACCUCCACCCUGGAAAGAUCAGGGACAGUAACCGUUCCACACUGCUCGCCACCAUCCAGGAGCACGGAUAUCCCACCAUCAACCUGGGCAUCGUGGGAGACAAGUAGGACUUCACACUCCUCUUCCUGUUCCUCCUGUUCCUCCUCCCUUUAUCUCUUCAUUCUCUCAUCAUCUUCUUUCUUAUUGUCUUUACGAUCCUCCUCUUCCUCUUCCUGUUCUCCCUGUUCCUCCUUUUUCUGUUCGUCUUCCUCUUCCUCCUCCCUUUAUCUCUUCAAUCUCUACCAUCUUCCUCUUCCUCCUACUCCUAUUUCUCUCUUUCUUCUCUCCUUUCGUUUUAUAUUCUUCUUCCUUCCCCUACUUCGCCUCCUCUUCUAUGGUGUGUGAUGGUAACAGGUAACUGUUCCCUGUCUAUUGGCCCCACAGCCCAGAUGACCUCCUCUUCAUCUUCUGCCUCCGCCUCUUCCUCCUUUUCCACCUCUUCCUACUCUUCCUCAUCCUCUUCCUCCUCAUCUUCCUCACCCUUCUCCUCUUCCUCCUCAUCCUCUUCCUCCAUCUCCUCCUUUCAUCUAUCCCUCUAGGGGUGGCGGUCUGUGUAUAUUUGUAAACAGUGCACGAUAUCUAAGGAAGUCUCGAGGUUUUGCUCGCCUGAGGUAGAGUAUCUCAUGAUAAGCUGUAGACCACACUAUCUACCAAGAGAGAUUUCAUCUUUAUUCUUCGUAGCUGUCUAUUUACCACCACAAACCGAUGCUGUCACUAAGACCGCAUUCAAUGAACUGUAUACGGCCAUAAGCAAACAGGAAAAUGCUCAUCCAGAGGCGGCGCUCCUAGUGGCCAGGGACUUUAAUGCAGGGAAACUUAAAUCCGUUUUACCUAAUUUCUACCAGCAUGUUAAAUGUGCAACCAGAGGAAGAACAACUCUAGACCACCUUUACUCCACACACAGAGACGCAUACAAAGCUCUCCCUCACCCUCCAUUUGGCAAAUCUGACCAUAAUUCCAUCCUCCUGAUUCCUGCUUACAAGCAAAAACUAAAGCAGGAAGCACCAGUGACUCGGUCAAUAAAGAAGUGGUCAGAUGAGGGCAGAUGCUAAGCUACAGGACUGUUUUGCAAGCACAGACUGGAAUAUGUUCCGGGAUUCUUCCGAUGGCAUUGAGUACACCACAACAGUCACUGGCUUCAUCAGUAAGUGCAUCGAUGACGUCGUCCCCACAGUGACUGUACGUACAUACCCCAACCAGAAGCCAUGGAUUAGAGGCAACAUCUGACGCUUUCAAGGAGCGGGACUCUAACCCGGAAGCCUAUAAGAAAUCCUGCUAUGCCCUCCGACGAACCAUCAAACAGGCAAAGCGUCAAUACAGGACUAAGAUCGAAUUGUACUACACAGGCUCCGACGCUCGUCGGAUGUGGCUGGGCUUGCAAACUAUUACAGACUACAAAGGGAAGCACAGCCGCGAGCUGCCCAGUGACACGAGCCUACCAGAUGAGCUAAAUUACUUCUACGCUCGCUUCGAGGCAAGUAACACUAAAACAUGCAUGAGAGCAUCAGCUGUUCCGGACGACUGUGUGAUCACGCUCUCCGUGCCGAUGUGAGUAAGACCUUUAAACAGGUCAACAUUCACAAGGCCGCAGGGCCAGACGGAUUACCAGGACGUGUACUCCGAGCAUACGCUGACCAACUGGCAAGUGUCUUCAUUGACAUUUUCAACCUCUCCCUGUCUGAGUCUGUAAUACCAACAUGUUUCAAGCAGACCACCAUAGUCCCUGUGCCCAAGAACACUAAGGUAACCUGUAGCCAUGAAGUGCUUUGAAAGGCUGGUCAUGGCUCACAUCAACACCAUUAUCCCAGAAACCCUAGACCCACUCCAAUUUGCAUACCGCCCCAAUAGAUCCACAGAUGAUGCAAUCUCUAUUGCGCUCCACACUGCCCUUUCACACCUGGACAAAAUAAACACCUAUGUGAGAAUGCUAUUCAUUGACUACAGCUCAGCGUUCAACACCAUAGUACCCUCAAAGCUCAUCACUAAGCUAAGGACCCUGGGAAUAAACACCUCCCUCUGCAACUGGAUCCUGACGGGCCGCCCUCAGGUGGUACAGAGGGUAGUGCGUACAGCCCAGUACAUCACUGGGGCCAAGCUUCCUGCCAUUCCAGGACCUCUAUACCAGGCGGUGUCAGAGGAAGUCCCUAAAAAUUAUCAAAGACUCCAGCCACCCUAGUCAUAGACUGUUCUCUCUGCUACCGCACGGCAAGCGGUACCGGAGUGCCAAAUCUAGGUCCAAGAGACUUCUAAACAGCUUCUAUCCCCAAGUCAUAAGACUCCUGAACAUCUAAUCAAAUGGCUACCCAGACUAUUUGCAGACUAUUCGGCACAUGUGACAAAUAACAUUUGAUUUGAUUUGAUAUCCCUAUAAAUGGUGUGUGAUGGUAACUGGUAACUGUUCUCUGUCUAUCGGCCCCACAGCCCAGACGACCUGCUGAAUGCCCUAAACGAGGGCAUCAGCCGCGCUGACGUUAUCAUCACCUCUGGAGGGGUGUCUAUGGGAGAGAAGGUAUGUGAGCAAAUAGUGAGUAUGAAUGGUCAUUGGUCAUGACAUUGCACUAUUCUGACAUCUUGUGGUCGGGGUGGGGAAUUGUGGUGUUAAUACUAUGUGGGGGGGGGGUGUUGAAUUAAUUACAAUCUCACACAGAACAUGAUCAUAUUUAUUUAUUGGGAUUGGGAAUUGUGGUGUUUGAUAUUUCUGUUUUUACAGCUAUUUCAUUACAUAUACAGUACAUUUUACACACAUUUUACAUACGUACAUGACAUUGUUGAGUUAAUACUAUGUGGGCUCACACAGCACAGGGUUGUAUUUCUAAGGCCCAAAACGAAAAACAUUUUGCAACAAAAAAAAAGUACAUAUUUUUUUCUUGAUAUACUGAUCCAGAUACUCGCUUCCUGUUUCAGUGAGUUUUUUUUUUCUCGUUUGGUGCCUGAUGAAUACACCCCGGUGGUGCACAAGUCUUAUGUGGGUUUUAGGUACACAUACACUAUAACUGUUUUCAUCUAAUGUUUAUAUGUACUUUAGAAUACUCCAAAAUGUGUGAUCCUCUUUUUCAGGACUAUCUGAAGCAGGUGCUGGAUAUUGAUCUGCAUGCCCAGAUCCACUUUGGACGAGUCUUCAUGAAACCAGGGUGAGGUGGAGGGAGGGAGGGAUGGACAGGUGGACCGGUGGAUGGAUGGAUGGAUGGAUGGAUGGAUGGAUGGAUGGACAGGUGGACAGGUGGACCAGUGGAGGGAGGGAUGGAUGGACAGGUGGACCGGUGGAUGGAUGGAUGGAUGGAUGGAUGGAUGGAUGGAUGGAUGGAUGGAUGGAUGGAUGGAUGGAAGGAUGGAUUGUUCAUUGAUGACCAUGUUGUUCUUCUCUUCUCCCAUCAUAUUAGUCUGCCGACAACAUUCGCCACUUUGGAUAUGGACGGUGCUCGCAAACUCAUCUUUGCCCUCCCAGGUAGUGUGUAAAGUAAAGAGAAAGAAGGAAUCAGACACUCAUUUCCAGACUGGUUUCUAACACACUCUUGUUUUCUCUCUCUCUCUCUCUCUCUCUCUCUCUCUCUCUCUCUCCCCCCCCCCCCCCCCCCCCCCCCACGGCCCAGGUAACCCUGUGUCUGCUGUGGUGACAUGUAACCUCUUCGUCAUCCCCGCCUUGAGGAAGAUGCAGGGGAUCCUGGACCCACGGCCCACCAUCAUCAAAGCCAGGGUAAGAACAAAGGCACAGGACUCCAUCAAUCUUUUGCAAUGUGUCUUUCCUCCAUUGUUUUCUCUAUCCUCGCUUUCCUCUCAAAAUUCAUUGGUCAGAGGUCAGAGGUGAGAGAUCUUCUCCUCCAAUGCGUUUUGAGAAGGUAAUCCAGAAGAGCCCGUCUACCUGGAAGUAGAGGCCAGGAGUUUUGUCUGACCACACUGACUUGACCAUGUGGCCCAUUGACUUGAGAAAUCUCUCAGAUACGUUUGCAGUGUGUGUGUACGUGCGAGUUUGUGUGUAUUUACUGUAUAUCCUUUCAGAGUUUUUACUGUCCAGACCAGAUGGUUAUUUAGGGUGGCAGGUAGUCUAGCGGUUAGAGUUUUGGGACAGUUCGCUAGUUCGAAUCCCUGAGCCGACCAAGGUGAAAAAUCUGCCCAAGUGCCCUUGUGCAAGGCACUUUACCCUAAUUGCUCCAGGGUCACCGUUGAUAAUGGCAGACCCUGGCCGUGACCCCACUCUCCGAGGCUGGCUCAGGGGGAGUUGGGAUAUGCAAAAAAACACAUUUCCAAUUCACACAUGCGCAUUAAUACAAAUAUGUGGGGAGUAGUGAACGAGUGCACACUUCAGGAGGGAGGAGAGAUUAUUGGGAUACACCCCCUGAUGUGAUGUCAUGAUGAGGUCAUCAUGUCAUGAUGAGCCCUGUUGAUUGUGUGGUUUGUCUCCUGUAGUUGUCAUGUGACGUGAAGCUGGACCCUCGCCCUGAGUACCACCGCUGCAUUCUGACAUGGCACCACCAGGAGCCUCUGCCAUGGGCCCAGAGCACAGGUACUGAUGGAAUAUCAUUCUAUUCCAUUGUAUUAUUUUAUAUUCUAUUCUAUUGUGCACUGCUAUAAGGAACGAUACACUUCUAUACUAUACGGCAUGUGUGGUCACAGGCUCAAUGGACUCUCAAUGGACUGGUCAUUGGCUUUGUUCAUGGGCAAUUGUAGAGGGGUAAGCUACAGUCCUCUCAUCUAACAAACCCUCUGGCUGUGACUAUUUUCACUGUUUUGUAUUACAUGUAAUAUUCUAUUGCAUAAAGAACUACAAUUGGAUACUGUAGUAUUAGAUAGUGUAGUAUUAAAUACUGUAGUAUUAGACAGUAUAGUAUUGAAUACUGUAGUAUUAGACUUUGUAGUAUUAGACUUUGUAGUAUUAGACAGUGUAGUAUUAGACAGUGUAGUAUUAGACAGUAUAGUAUUAAAUACUGUAGUAUUAGACAGUGUAGUAUUAGACAGUGUAGUACUAGACAGUGUAGUAUUAGACAGUAUAGUAUUAGACCGUAUAGUAUUCAAUACUGUAGUAUUAGACAGUGUAGUAUUAAAUACUGUAGUAUUAGACAAUAUAGUAUUAAAUACUGUAGUAUUAGACAGUGUAGUAUUAGACAGUGUAGUAUUAGACAGUGUAGUAUUAGACAGUAUAGUAUUAAAUACUGUAGUAUUAGACAGUGUAGUAUUAGACAGUGUAGCAUUAGACAGUAUAGUAUUAGACAGUAUAGUAUUAAAUACUGUAGUAUUAGACAGUGUAGUAUUAGACAGUGUAGUAUUAGACAGUGUAGUAUUAGACAGUAUAGUAUUAAAUACUGUAGUAUCAGACAGUGUAGUAUUAUACAGUGUAGUAUUAGACAGUGUAGUAUUAGACAGUGUAGUACUAGACAGUGUAGUACUAGACAGUGUAGUAUUAGACAGUGUAGUAUUAGUAGGCUCUCACUCCCUUGCAUGCUGUGGUAGCGAGGUCAUCCUGACUGUCAUGGGUUUAAUCCUCCUGGACAUGUGUUGUACUGGGUACUGGCAGAGGGCCUAAAGUGCAUUUAUUCUCUAUCUCUCUAUCUCUAUCUCUAUCUCUAUCUAUCUCUCUACCUCUCUACCUCUAUCUCUACCUCUAUCUCUAUCUCCAUCUCUAUCUAUCUCUCUACCUCUACCUCUAUCUCUAUCUAUCUCUCUACCUCUACCUCUAUCUCUAUCUCUAUCUCUAUCUCUAUCUCUAUCUCUAUUUCUAUCUAUCUCUCUACCUCUACCUCUAUCUCUAUCUCUAUCUCUAUCUCUACCUCUACCUCUAUCUCUACCUCUAUCUCUAUCCCUACCUCUAUCUCUAUCUCUAUCUAUCUCUCUACCUCUAUCUAUCUCUCUACCUCUACCUCUAUAUCUACCUCUAUCUCUAUCUAUCUCUCUAUCUCUAUCUCUAUCUCUAUCUCUAUCUCUAUCCAUCCAUCCAUCCUGUAGGAAACCAGGUGAGCAGCAGGCUGAUGAGCAUGCGCAGCGCCAACGGUCUCCUGAUGCUACCUCCAAAAACAGAGCAAUACGUGGAGCUGCACAAGGGAGAGGUGGUCGACGUCAUGGUUAUCGGUCGGCUAUGA